AUGGUGCCACGAUAUUCGGCUUACGCCAGCCUCUUCCCCGUCUUUUUACAGACAUGCCUUGCGCAGGAUACCAGCAUUGUUUCCGUCCCAUAUGAAUUGACAUAUCUUCUUCCUUCACCAUUUCACGGCAACUUAUUUCACAGCUUUGUUAAUGGCACCAAUACGUCGGAUACGUUAACUAACGAACUCCUUCAAUUUGCCACCAAAGCACCGUUCAUCUCAUACGAUGACGAGUUCCUGGCACUUCUCGGUCAGAAUCCAGCCAUUGAGUUGAUCGAGGAGCGUCCAGGCAACUUUGCGAGAGAAGCUGGCGUCACACAGCCGGGAACAAGCAACUCGUACAUGUUCAUCACUGUCCUGCCCUUCGCCGGGGACUCAACCACGACAGAUCGCCUGCCUCAGGGUCUGUGGCGCUGGGACUCCCAGAAGAAGGUCUUGUUACCUGCCAUUAGCAGGACUGAGUUCCCCGUCGCCAACGGCGUCCGACCAUCGAGGGACCAAAAGACUCUUUGGGUGACCGACUUUGGCGGCGAUGAGCGAAGUGGAAUUUGGGGGCUACCGGCUCAAGUAGGAGCACCGGCGAUCUACAAAUACGAUCUCAACGAAGACAUGUGGCCUGUCAACAAGCGAACCUUUGGUGUCUCGAGAAUGCAGGCUCCGGAUCGCAUCCGCAUCGAUGACAAGGGUAGAGUUUGGACGGGUGAGGGUGAAGGUGUUGCGGUCCGAAGUUCUCAAGGGAAGGUUAUCGGUGUCUUUAAUGGACAGUUUUUCACGAGAGAUUCUGUUAACACGGCGAUUGUACAAUUCGAGCUCGCCGGGGAUGUUCUGGUAGUGUUGGGCCAGAAUAAGUUAUGGACUGUCAAGUUAGCUGAGACGGUUUACAGCGCUUAA